AUGACCGAUCUAACUCCUUUCUUCAAUCAAUGCUUGUCAAUAUACAAUGAAAGCAAUCUGGCAGUAAUCUCCCAAAAACACCACCAGCGACACCACCAGCCCAAUAACCGUCGUCUUCAAGUUCAGGACAGCUUCCAUAAGGAAUGCCACGACCUAUACACAGAAAUCUACGGGCUUCACGAUUUAAUUGAAUCUGUAAAGCCAAAUUACUUAAUCUCCAAUACCGCUUUGAGGGAUUUCGAUGACGAUGACGAUGAUGACGAUGAUGAUGAUGAUGAUAACAAUAUCGAUGACGAUGACGAUGAUGAUUUUGACAUUGACGAUCUAAAUGCGGUGGUGGGCGAAUCAAAAAAGAAACCAGUGUCAUCCAAAAAGAAAAACACUCUAAAGGCCACUUUCUCUGAGGAUGAUCGUGAUCUAUUCGAUUCGCAAUCCAAUCUAUUGCUCCACAAGUUCUCCCAGAAAUUGAACCAUUUAGAAACCUACGAAUCUAAAAGAUUCGACGCCAUGUGGUUCAGUGAAAAAUUCAAUCACACUGACGAUCCCGCCAAUAAUAAAUCUAGCAACCCAUCCAAAACGUUCUCAUUGAUGAAGAAUUACAUUUCGUUCUCUUUGAGAAAAGACGAGUACCAGCAAAUUAACAAACAAAUCCACGCUCAUCGUGAAGGGGUCCUCAAUUCAUUAUCCCUCCAACUUAAAAGAAUAUCCGCGACAUUGGGCGAUAUGCAAAGCAUUAGACUUCGUCGUAAAUUGGAAGAACGAUCCAAUGAAUUGCAUGCCCUUGGCACUCACGAUAUUGUCGGUGAUUCCAGCCCCGAAUUGCAAGAAUCUGGAGUUGAUCGGAUGGCCGACAAUCUGCCACAAACUACUACUACCACUACUACUGCUACUACUACUACCGCCAACAAUCCCGAAUCAUUCAAUAUGUCGUAUAAUGAUCAACUUCAAAUCGAUGGUGAUGGAGCAAUUAAUGAUGAGUCCCUAGAAUUUUACCAGGAAAGCCUUGCGUCACUUUCCCCAAAACAAGUCCAACAAUUGCAGGCGGAAAGCUCGGCGCUUUUAGACUCGAAACUUGCCGAGCUUGCUAAAGUUAAAACCCUCCAGAAAUCAACCGCUGAUAUUGCUAAUUUGCAACGUGAAUUAGCGGUGCAUGUUGAAGCUCAAGCAGAACAAAUCAAGUUUUUGCAAGAUGACCAAGAGAUAGCAGAGUUGGAUAUUUUAAAAGGGAACAGAGAAAUGAAAAACGCAAAACAGCGGGGUAGAACGGCAAGUAAAAUUAUUGUGUGGGCCAGCGUUAGUUUAGGGGUUUUCAUCUUAUUAUUUGAUGCUGUGAUCAUUUAA